ACUGGAUUAGUAGCCUACUCAAGAAACGAAGUGGACAUGUAGCCCCGGCGGAAUAUUCAAUUAAUUCUUAACGUAGACUUAUUGCUUAAGGAUAAUCAACAAGGCGUUACUUGAAUAAAAGUCAUGGGGAACUCGUAUGCCGGCCAGCUGAGGACCACUCGGUUCGAGGAGGUUCUCCACAACUCCAUCGAGGCGUCUCUGCGCUCCAACACGGUGGUUCCACGACCCGUCUUCUCCCAGCUCUACCUGGAGGCAGAGCAGCCCCCCGCUCACACUGGGCGACCUGGCAAUGAGGAAGAGGAGGAGGAAGAUGGCUCGGAGUCUAACAGCCCCCCGGUCCCCUACCAGAUGAAGCCCCCUCCAGAAGGCUGCUGCACCACCGAUGGGUUUUGCCAGGCAGGCAGGGACCUGCGCCUGGCGUCGCUGACCUCUGACCUCCUGGAGCCCCCUCCUGGGUUCCUGUUGGUGGGGACCAAGGCCCCGGGCCUCCCCGACACACUGCUGGUGUGUGCCGUGGACCGCCGCUUCCUGCCCGACGAACGAGGACACAACGCACUGCUGGGGUUUGCGGGCGCCUGUAUGGGCUGCGGAGAGAAGGGCUUCCGCUACUUCACCGAGUUCUCCAACCACAUCAACCUGAAACUCAGCACCCAGCCCAAGAAACAGAAGCUCCUCAAGUACCUGCUCCACAGGAACCCCCAGGGCCAGCUGGUCAGGGGGGUCCCUAUCUACUGGAGGGGACCAGACAGCAGAUCUCGACAGACACCCUCAAACACCUCAGAGGGUCAUGUGACCUCAGAGGAACUGCUACACAACCCUGCACUCACCGCUCACCCUGCGCACACACCAGGCAGCUACACAGUCUGCUCUCAAGUUGACCCCAUUGGGCCCCCCCACUUGGCAGACGUCCCCCCUCUAACCAACGGCAGCCAUGCCCCCCUAUCCCAGCAGCCUUUGCACCAGUCGUGCACUCUCUCCAACGGGCCGUCAAGACCCACUGUUAUAGGUCCUGCCACCCACGCUGGCCCUCCUAAGAAGAGACACAGAGGCUGGUCUCCUGAGUCCUCCUCAGGGCUGGAGCCCACCUCUUCAUCCUCCUCCUCCUCUCACAUCACCCCAAACAAGACAGACAGUGCAGGUGCAGUCAAUACCCCCCAGGGGUCCUCGCUGACCCCGCCCUCCCCAGGGGUGUCCGUCACUGUGCCUGAUCAGCUCCUACAAACCUGCAGACUCCAGCCUGUCAUCUUCAAAGGUCACGGCACGCUGCCCCCCCUGGUCGGUAACGUGGGGGAGGUGUGUGUGAGCCCCCUGCUGCAUGACUGCUACCAGAGCUCCCAGACCCUGCCCCAGGUGUACCAGCACUACGGGCCCUCCCCCAUCCAGCCCCUCUCCACCCAGAUGCAGGUCCUGCUGACCGUCUACUACCUGGUGCAGCUAGGGCCAGACCAAGUGCCUCUGAUCGAGGACCUGGAGCAGAUCUUCAUGCGCUCCUGGAGAGAGUCCCACCUGAGUGAGAUCCGCCAGUACCAGCAGCCCCAUCCCUCCCCUGUCCCCCAGCCCCAGGGCCCCUCCGGCGGGCUCACCCUGCCCCAGGCCCAGCCCCUCACCCCUAACCAGCUGCCCUGGCUGGCCCAGCUGGCUGCCUCGUCGUGUGGGGCGGGGGUGCUGGUCCUGGGGGAGGGCAGCAGCCUGACCCAGGGCCUGGCCCAGGUGUUCUCCAGUCUGAUGGAGGGCAGACUCACACACACCAACUACGUGGUCAUCAUCUGCACCGCCACGGGCCAGGAGACCGAGUCCUGCGUUGUGGUGACAGGGAAGCACCAGUGUCGUGCCUUGGCUGAGAGCAUGCUCUCUCCUGCCGAGGGCCUGAAGGAGAUCACGCGGCAGCUGUCCUCUGGUCUCACCCAGGAUCUCACUGCCUUCUGCAGCUCUCUGGGCCCAGACGGGGACAUGGACACCCUCCUGGACAGUGUUACCAUGGAGACCAGCAGCCAGCCUUCUCCCUUAUCCAGCAGCCAGGAGUCCGCAGCUUCUACAGAGAGCCCCAAAACACACGCACACACAGUCACACACACAGACACACGCACAGACACAGUCACACACACAGACACACACACAGACAGUCCCAAAGACGGAGGCCAGAGCCCUAAGGACAGAUGCUCAGAGUACUGUGUGGAGUGGCGUCAGGUGCGUCCCAUCCAGCUGGCCGUGGCCAGGAAGCUGCUGUCCCACGUGUGUGCCAUCGCUGACUCCAGCACCCAGAACCUGGACCUGGGCUCCUUCGACAGGGUCCACUUCCUCAUCUGUGUCCCGCCCUCCCAGAUCACUUUCCAACAGACCCUGCUGCACCUAUGGAACUCUGGUGUCCUCCAGGAGCUGGGUCUGGAGCAGGAGUGUUCCUCCCAGCAGGAGGGUGAGCGCUACGUGGUGAAGAUGGACCAGGACGCCAGGGCGCGCAUCGAUGACCUCAUACAGGAAGCACACAGGAACACAUACACACUCUACAUCCUGGUCCACGAUCACGCUCACUGGGAUAUCAGCAGUGGGCCGUACAGUGGCACAGGUGACGCCGGCCUGGGAUUGGUGGACCGCCUGCUGAACUCUCCCCGGAUCCGUGACGCCCCCAACAUCCUGACCCUCCACGUGACCUCGUUCCCCUUCGCUCUGCAGACGCAGCACACACGCAUCAGCCCCUACAACGAGAUCCACUGGCCCUCCGCUUCCAACAACGACGUGGACCUGUACCAUGAAAGGACACGGUACUUUGGUGUGUCGGAGAUGCUGGACUCCACUCACUCGGGCAGCGGUCUGCCUCUGCUGCGAUACGACAGCUCCUUCGAGAGCAUGGCCUCCGCCCUGGAGGAGAGGUUCCCUAAGCUUCACAGUGCAGUGAUCCGAACCCAGGUGCUGGUCCAGCACUACUCCGUGGCUCUCAUGGCCGUGUCUGGCCGCGUCGGGGACUCGGGCGAGCACAGCCUCCACAAGCACACCUCCGUGGAGACCCUGGAGAUCGUCCAGAGCCUGCUCAACUCAGCUCAGCGGUGCCCCGCCCACCACGGUCACAUGGUGCUGCUGCGCAUCCCCUCGUUGGCCCUGGCGGCGUGGGCCCACCAGCGACUGACCAAUGUGAGAGAGCGGCUGGGCCUGCAGGAGAAGUUUGAGAUCGUCCUGGGCAACCCCAGUCAGGAGCUCAGCAUCGGAGCGUGCUUCACCCAGCGAAUCAGGGCCUGGCUGAAGGUCCAGGAUGAUGACUGGGUUCCUCGUACCUACCUGGAGCUGGAGGCCCUGCCCUGCCUGCUCAUCCUGUCUGGAGCGGACCCCCUGGGGGAGUCCCUCCCCAGGUCGUUGAAGUACUGUGACCUGCGUGUCAUAAGCUCCUCCUACCUGCAGCGCACGGCUCUAGAGCAGGAGCUGGGAUUGGCUGCCUACCUGGUGAAGGCGGAGUCUCAAGAGUCGCGCCCCCCCCAUGCCCCCGGCCUUGACAGUGACCUCUUGGAGAGCGAACCCGAUAAACUCAGCUGCACUGACAACGAGGAGGACGAGGGGCAGGACAGUGGCCUCAAGUCUUCAGGGUUGCGCCACUCCCCUCCCUCCCCCACCAGACCCCCCCCAGACAGCGCCCCCCCAGAACACACCCAGACCACACCUCCAAACCCCCCCAACCCACCCAGAGUCUCUGACACCCCCUCCAGCGCCCCUGCCGCCCCCUCUUCCGUCCCUGCCCCCUCCCCCACCCCUGCUCUCUCUUCCGCCCCCUCCUCCACCCCCGUCGACGCCCCCCAGACCCAGCGCCGAGCCUCCAAGUCCACCUCCUCAGACUCCUCCUCCCCCCGCACCCCCUCUCCCCUCCAGAGCUGCUCCUGGUCCCGGGGGGUGAACCGCCCCCCCUCCGUGCUCCUGCCCCGCGCCCUCUAUGACAUCAUGACGGCGAGCGACGGCAGCGGCCUCCCUCGCUGCACGUCCUUCCUGCCUCACCUCUCUGUGUCCUGGGCCAGCAGCUUCAGGCCCCUGCUCAGCAAGAUGAUGACCUGCACAGAGCAGUCCCUGUACUACCGCCAGUGGACGCUGCCCCGCCCUCACCACAUGGACAGCAGCAACCGGGCGGCAGAGGGGCGAGCAGACAACUUCCACCCUCGUAGACUGCUGCUCAGCGGGCCUCCGCAGGUGGGUAAGACAGGGGCGUACCUGCAGUUCCUGGGCAUCCUGUCUCGCAUGCUCAUCAGGCUGAUGGAGGUGGACAUCUACGACGAGGAGGACAUCAACUACAGUGCCAAGGAGGAGUGCGAGCAGUACCACCCAGCCCACUCCCGCUGGCCCGACCCAGACAGCAUGAGGAGCAUGCCCUUCGACUACACCAUCCACGACCCUAAAUAUGAGGACAUCAGCUCUGUCUACUGCCCAGACUACACACCCUGCACUGACGGAAACCCCAGACGGCAGGAGGAAGUGUACCUGCGGAGACGCACGGCUAGGAUCAAGCUGUCUAAAUACGCUGCCUACAACACCUACCAUCACUGUGAGCAGUGUCACCUGUACAUGGGCUUCAGUCCCAGAUACCAGAUGUACGAGUCGACGCUGCAUGCCUUCACCUUCUCCCACCUGCUCCUUGGGACAGAAAUCCAGCUCUACUUCAUCAUCCCCAAAUCCAAGGAGCACCACUUUAGCUUCAGCCAAUCAGGGGGCCAGCUGGAGAGCAUGAGGCUGCCUCUCGCCUCCGAUUGGAACCCAGACAGCAUCAAGAGUCCCAUCUUCACGCCCACCACGGGCCGCCAUGAGCACGGCCUGUUCAACCUGUACCACGCCAUGGAUGGAGCCGCUCACCUCCACAUCCUGGUCGUCAAGGAGUACGAGAUGGCCGUGUACAAGAAGUACUGGCCCAACCACAUCAUGCUGGUCCUGCCCACCGUCUUCAACGGAGCCGGGAUCGGUGCAGCCCACUUCCUGAUUAAGGAGCUGUCCUAUCACAACCUGGAGCUGGAGAGGAGUAGGCGGGUGGAAGGCGGGGCUACGGCAGGGGAGGUGUGGCCUUUCAUCAUCCUCUCUGACGACUCCUGUGUCAUGUGGAACACUGUGGAUCUCGACUCACUCGGCAGCUCAGGCCCCGUGGAGAGGAACGUGUCCCUGAAGCAGGUGCUGCAGCACAUGGAGGCGUGCCCCCAGCUGCACGAGUACGCGCUCUGCGGCAUCAGGCAGUGGAGCAGCCGGGGCGCGGCGGCGGGGGUCGGCGGCGGGGGCCCGGGGUGCCCUCACCGGGAGCCCUUCUCCAGGGGUCACCUCCACGACUUCCUGCUCCUGAACGUGGAGCUGAGCCAGGACGUGCAGUACGACCGGGAGCGCUUCACCUGCGAGGACGUGGACUUCUCCCUGCGGGCGCACAGCGCCGGCCUGCUGCACUGCCGCUUCAACAACUACAGCGUGAUGAAGAAGCAGAUCGCCAUCGGAGGGUACCUCACCUUCAUCAUCAAGACCAAGGUGUCGGACGUCCCUACCUCGGUGCAGCCCUCCCAGUACAUCUGUGCCCCAGACAGCAAGCACCUGUUCCUGGCCACGCCUGCCCAGCUGCUCCUGGAGAAGUACCUGCAGUACACCAGCCAGCACCUGUUCCCCCUCAGCACAGACAACUACACACACCCCAUCCUGUCUGUGGACUGCUACCUCAACCUGGGGCCUGAGGUGACGGUGUGUUUCGUCAGCUCCAAGCCCCGCUCCAUCAACAUCAGCACCACAGGGCUGCUCUUCAGCGGCCUGCUGCUCUGCUUCUGCGACUCCUUCGUCACUCCGGGCUUCCUUAAGAAGUUCCACUUCCUCAAGGGAGCGACCCUGUGUGUGAUCUGCGCAGACCGCAGCUCGCUCCGCCAGACAGUAGUGCGUCUGGAGCUGGAGGACGAGUGGCUGUUCCGUCUGAGCCACGAGUUCCAGACCGCCAACGCCAAGGAGGACCGCCCCCUCUUCUUCCUCACCGGGAAACACAUCUGACCCCCCAUCCUGACUUGUGACCUUUCACCCCCCCUGGUCCCUGACCCUCGACCCGUGCCCCAAACCCUCGCCUUGACCCUCUCCUUUGUCAGAGAUAAACCGUCCACAAUGGAAACCAAAGACGUUUGGGUUCUCUUCACCUAGUUCCAGGGCAAGGUGUUUACAAAACUCUCUUCUAAGA